CCGGAGAUAAUGAGGGAUAACAGAUAGAUGCCUCAUUUUAAGGAUUGCAUUGGGGCUAUCGACGGAGUGCAUAUUCCCGCUUCUAUAGCUCCUGAAAAACAAAUACCGUACAUUGGUAGAAAAGGAAUACCAACACAAAAUGUUAUGGCGGCAUGUAAUUUCGAUAUGCAAUUUAUCUAUGUAUGCGCGGGAUGGGAAGGGUCUGCUCAUGAUACAAGAGUGUUUCUAUCGGUACUUCGAGAUCUUGAAAUGAAGUUUCCUAAACCUCCACCAGGAAAAUAUUAUGUUGUAGAUUCCGGAUACCCUCAAAUGAAUGGGUUUUUGGGACCUUACAAAGGUCCGAGACAACAUUUUCAACAAUACCGUAGGCAAGAACCAAGAAAUGAAAAAGAGGUAUUUAACCAAGCACACUCUUCUCUUAGAAGCGUUAUAGAACGCACAUUUGGAGUUUGGAAAAAAAAGUGGAAGAUUUUAAGGGACAUGCAAGGUUAUUCAUUUGAUAAGCAAGUGAAGAUUGUCAUUGCCACCAUGACACUUCAUAAUUAUAUACGGAGACAUGCACAUGGUGAUAGACAUUUUGUCCGCAGUGAAGAAAGAGAAGGUUAUGGGUCAAGUGGUGGGAUAGAAAUGGAUGAUGAUGUAGAAGAAGAAUAUCAUGGUCACGGUGCACAAGAAAUGGAAACAAUAAGAAAUAGCAUUACUCAAAGUUUGAUGAAUGCGCGUAAUAACGUGAACAUUUGAUGUGAACCAGAAACCAAUUGUUAUUAAUGUUACUAAUAUAUUUGUAUAAGUUAUUUUUAAAAUUGUCCAAUA